CUGUUCGUAGACGAGGGGCUGUGCAUCGGUUGCCGCGCGUGCUAUCAGUGCGCGCCCGAGACGUUUUCCAUGGACCCCGAGCUCAACGUCGCGCGCGUGUCGACGCAGUGGGCGAACGACGAGAUGGCCCUCGAAGACGCCGUGCAGUCGUGCCCGAAGAGCUGCAUACACACGGUGAGCCGCGCGGAGCUGCCGAUGCUGGAG